AUGAUGUUUCGGCGACUGAGCGCCCUGUACGCGACGGCGUCUCUCUGUCUCGCUGCCACCGCCGCCGUUGUACCGCCGUCAGAUCAGAAACCCAUCGUGACGCCAGAUGAGCUGCCCGAAAACGCUCCCGACCAUGUCGUCGUUGUUGACAAUAGUGCUGCAGCAGCCAAGAUAAUGCUGUUUCCCGCCUCCCGAACGUAUCCGGACGACCUGAAGGACAUGGGCAAAACACUGCCGGGCUGUUCAGAGGAGGACGACGUUGAGGUGAUCCACCUCGACACAGACGUGUGCUUGUCGGGCGAGUACUACAUGCGGGAUAAUGUCAAGGUCCUCGAAUCGCCAAGCUGCGCGAAUAGCUCCCGCCCAACCUUCAUGUUCUACCAGAGCAGAGGCUGUACUGGUUCACUCCGCCAUACGAUGCAGAACAUCGACGAGCUGACAGGAAGCUGCCUCUGGUCUGAAGAAGCCAUCUCCGUCCCGUCAUACUACUGGUCGCUGAUAUACCGAUGCGACGACGAAGUUGAUGGCGCUGCUCACCACCAGGACGCCAAUCCGGCCGUCCUCUACCAGAACGUCGCUGGUGCGCCAGGCAGCGUGCGAUACCACCACGGGACCACGACUCCCUGCCAUGACGAAUUUGCAAAUAUAAGACCCGCAACCGAACUCGAGCCCGGUGACUGCCGUUGGCCUUGGAGUCCCUGGAGCUUGGAGUCCAUUGAGAUCGUCUCCCCCGCCGUUUGCAACAACGGCACUCGAGCGCAAGUCAUACUAUAUGAAGACAUUGGAAAACCUGGGUUGGACUACAUGUGUAACGGGGGAGAUAUUACACUGGAAAAUUCAAUCCUGGACGUUGAUGAUUGGAUGCUUGACACCUGCAUCAAUAUGUCUCGGGUGAAGCGCCAAAACGGUGGCUUUAGCAAGGCUCUGGGAGUCAUGUUCAACUGCGAUGGGAUGCGCAUUAAGGGGCAGCAGCAAGAACAAAAGGAGGCAAUCUCCGAGACGUCGAUCCCGCGAGGACCUAGGACAUCACACAACGAGUGCCCAACCUUAGCUGGUCACUGGCAGUGGAAGGAUCCUGUUCGCCCCAAAACAUUCAUUUAUCCCCAGCCAAUGGCUUGCAUGACACUCCCGCAGGGUCACCAUCUUCGCAUUCACGAACAGCCGACUUGUCCUGAUGGCACCGAAGGUCGGCUCGCUACAUGGCAGGAGCCUGGUUGUGCGGGCUGGCCAAAGACGAUCCAAGGCGUCGAUACCCUGAACUGCGAGAGGAGCUGGAAUUUGCGAUCUGAGACGAGCUACAUGAUUUGGUGCGGCCCCGAGGGGUUGACAGCCGAAGAGCGGAAUCUCAAGGGCGAGGAUGACAGGGCCGUUGUUUCGAGAGAUGAGUGUCCCCGGGUGAACAUGGAGCCGGGUUGGGUAGUCGCGGGUCGUGAUCACGGAGCCACAAUCCGGCGUAUGGAUGCGGACCAAGAUUGCAUCAACGUUUGGAAAGAUGAUCAGCUCAAGGUGUACGCGAACGCCAAGUGCCCAAGCGGGAAGGAUGCCAAGUUGGUCAAGUACAGUGACUCUCGUUGUGGUUGGGAAUCGGCUGAGACCGUCGAUGUAGCGAGCCUGAUCGAUACCUGCACACAGGUUUGCGAAGGAGUGGGCCGCAAUAGUUGCGGCAUCAAGUUCUCGUGUGAUGAUCAGUGA